AUGAAUAAUCCAGGUUCCUUUGCUGAUGAAUUUCGCAGAGUAAAAGCGUCGGAAAAUUAUGAAACAAUUAAUUCUGUUGGUGGACAACAUAUUUCAGAAGCUACUUCUAAUCAACCUAGCACGAGUAGUGCGAACCAAUCCCCUGUGAAAUCAAAUGCAUCUGUUUCAGGUGUAUUAGUCAACAACAAACAAAGAGGCAAUCCACUGCUUAAAUCUAUCGUUAAUGUACCAUGGGAAUAUUCAGAUAGCAUUUUACCCGACUAUGUAAUGGGACGUACAACAUGUGCACUAUUUUUAUCCCUACGCUACCAUAUGCUAAAACCUGACUAUAUAUACAACAGAGUAAAAUCGUUGGGGAAAUUAUAUGAGCUAAGAGUAUUGUUACUUCAGAUUGAUGUCAAAGAGCCACAUACACCUCUCAAACAGUUGACUAGAAUGUGUCUGGUAGCUGAACUUACAUUAAUGUUAGCUUGGACUUCUGAAGAAGCUGGCAAACUCAUUGAAACUUAUAAAAUAUUUGAGAAUAAGCCACCAGAUCUUAUAAUGGAGAAAGCAGAAGCAGACGACUAUUCCAGAAUAGCCAAUGCACUUACAACUAUUCGUGCUGUAAACAAAACUGAUGCAGCAUUGUUACUAUCUACAUUUGGUUCAUUGGAAAAUAUUUGUAAAGCUUCUCAUACAGCUUUGGCAUUGUGUCCUGGGUUUGCUCAACAUAAAGCAACACAGUUAUAUAAUACUCUUCACAAGCCUUUCCUGAAACAAAAAACUCUCGAGGAAGACUCACAAUCAAAAAAUAAAUAA